UUCCAUUUUGUUUAUUAUGCCUGUACGUUUUGCGUUUGUUUUUAUAGCUACACACAGUGAGACAAACUAGAGGAAUUUGGAUUGGAAAAAGUGCUUAAUGGAGUUGUUUGCAGAAAAUCUAAAUGAAAAAAUAAAACGGUAUGUUAUUGCUGAUCUGCCUGUGUGUGUGUGUGUGUGUGUGUGUGUGUGUGUGUGUGUGUGUGUGUGUGUGUGUGUGUGUGUGUGUGUGUGUGUGUGUGUGUGUGUGUGUGUGUGUGUGUGUGUGUGUGUGUGUGUGUGAGUGUUCAGGAAUUGUGAGUGUUAUCUUUAAACCCCCCAGUAUGUGGUUAAAAUAAAAAUUCCCUCGAUGUUCUCCCCUAAUGUUAACCAUAUGCCUUUAAAGCCCCAUUCCUUAACUUGUUCUUUUUGUCUUGACUACUGAUGGCUCGGGUGAGUUUAGGGUAACAUAGUGUUGCUCUGUAACGAAAUAAUAAUGUUCCUCAAAUCAAAUGUUGACCCAGAAUUUCUCACCAAGUUACAAGGGAAUCUUUCCUUUUCUAGUUAUGCUAUUAAUGGCUCCAUGGAAAAAGCAGCGGAGACCAGAGCUUUUGAUCAGAAAACAGCAUGUUUUACAUUGCAUCGUGGUUUUUGGAUUUUAACCCCCAAAUGCAAGAUGCAUUUUUGGAAAUUCUGACAUAUACAAAGUGUCUGCACUUUACUCACUACCCUUUAGUCCUACUGAAGUGAGGAACAGCAAGGUAAUGUUCCGUAGCAUAUCCAGCAUCAAAGGGCCAGGACCACAGACCUCAAAUAGAUGACAGGGUUGCUGCUGUUGCAGCUUGUAUCCAACGGCAAAUAAAACAAAGGCCCAUAAACUGAGAAGAUUCUUGUUUUAAAUUCACCGAUCGUAUUACAUUUGGAAAACCGCUAUUCAAUCUUUCAAUUAAACUGUAAUAGAAAUCAAGACACAACAGGCAUGGGCCUUGUGUUAUUCUUCCUUGGGCCUUGAGCAUUAAAUUAUACAAAAAUAAGGGCUGAUUGGCUGAUUGAACUAUGGAAAUGCAUCUUGGACAGCCCCCAUGCUCGAAAAGCUCAUACUUCCAAAAAACAAAGCCAUAAAUAAUGUUUUGAUCCUCUGUUAAAAUGUGUUUUAUCAUUUCCACAGUGACCUUGUUCUUCAGGGGAUAACUGUGAGAUUAAUAUUGGAGCUAGACAUGGCAGGAAAUGGGCCUCUCUGGAGCCCGGUUAACCCUGACCCAACAACAUGAUGUUCUCUGUGAUGUGUGUGUGUUCAGUGUGGAGCACCCUGCCGCGGGAUACAGGAAGAUCUUUGAAACGGUGGAGGAGCUCAACGAACCUCUGCCCACUGAAGUCACAGGAGUCCUACCGUCAUGGUUGAGUGGGAGUCUCCUUCGUAUGGGACCAGGUCUUUUCGAGGUGGGGGCAGAGCCAUUUCACCACCUGUUUGACGGACAGGCCCUCAUACACAAGUUUGACCUGAGGGAAGGUCAUGUGACCUACCACAGGAGGUACAUCCGGUCUGAUGCGUACGUGCGUGCCAUGGCAGAGAAGAGGGUGGUCAUCACUGAGUUUGGAACAGCAGCCUACCCGGACCCCUGCAAAAACAUCUUCUCCAGAUUCUUCACCUACUUCCAAGGCAUUGAAGUGACAGAUAACUGCCUCGUGAACAUCUAUCCAAUUGGUGAAGACUUCUAUGCCGUCACAGAGACCAACUUCAUCACCAAGGUGGAUCCUGAUUCGCUUGAGACAUUAAAAAAGGUGGACCUGUGUGAUUACCUCUCAGUGAACGGGGUGACAGCCCACCCGCACACUGAUGCAGAUGGCAGCGUGUAUAACAUCGGCAACUGCUUUGGGAAGAACAUGAGCCUGGCCUACAACAUCAUUAAGAUCCCUCCUCCUCAGAAAGACGGGUCCGAUCCCCUGAAGAGGUCUGAGGUGGUGGUACAACUCCCCAGCAGCGAGAGAUUUAAACCCUCCUACGUACACAGCUUCGGGAUGACAGAGAACCACUUUGUGUUUGUGGAGCAGCCGGUGAAGAUUAACCUGCUUAAGUUUCUGUCUUCCUGGAGCCUCCGAGGGACCAACUACAUGGACUGCUUCGAGUCCAACGAGUACAUCGGGACAUGGUUCCACGUGGCCACUAGGGAUCCGGCCGCCUAUCUGAGCAGUCACAAGUUCCGGACGUCGGCAUUCAACGUGUUCCACCACAUCAACGCUUAUGAGGACCAGGGCUUCAUCGUGGUCGACCUCUGCACGUGGAAGGGGAGUGAUUUUGUGUAUAACUACCUGUAUCUGGCCAACAUGAGGGCUGAGUGGGACAAGGUGAAAGAAUCUGCCAUGAGGGCUCCUCAGCCGGAGGUCAGACGCUACGUGCUGCCUCUAGACAUAUACAGGGAAGAGCAAGGAAAAAACCUGGUUUCCCUGUCCUACACCACGGCAACUGCGGUUCUCCGUAGCGAUGGGACGGUCUGGCUGGAACCUGAGGUUCUCUUCUCUGGACCUCGACAGGCGUUUGAGUUUCCUCAGAUUAAUUACUCAAGGUGUUCUGGGAAGAACUACCGCUACGUGUACGGCCUGGGACUGAACCACUUCAUUCCAGACAGGAUUGUCAAGCUGAACGUCCGAACCAAAGACACACGGCUGUGGCAGGAGGAGGACUCCUAUCCCUCUGAACCUCUGUUCAUACCAACGCCUGAGGCCAUAGACGAAGAUGAUGGUGUGUUGCUGAGUAUUGUGGUGAAGCCGGGUGCUGAGAGGCCGAGCUUCUUGUUGGUGCUUGAUGCCAGGCAGAUGACCGAGCUGGCAAGGGCUUCUGUCAACACCAUUAUCCCUGUCACCCUACAUGGCACGUACAAGCCACGGACCCCCUAGCCUUUAGUGUUAAUCCACUACCGUCGACCCCACCCAGCCCUAUCCUAGGUGAAGAAAGUGUCACUGCAGUGAGAUCUUCCAGCUUUUAAAAUGGAUUUCUCACCAUUUGGUUGCUAGUGCCUUGUGUCCAUAGGUUGUUAGUGUGCCUGUCCCAAACAUGCCGUUUUUAGCAUUGCAUCAGUCAGGUAGUGUAUUUCCACCAGCCACAAUAGACUACAUAUACUAGUUGUACAUUUGAUGUUAAUUAUGCAGUGUUACUAUACCUUUUAUGCUAGCACCUCAGGCCAAAUAUAGUCAUUCAAGGAUUAUAACCUGAAGGAACAAUAGUAGGCACGAUUUGAGAGUUGGAAAGAGAGCAAUAUCAUAAAAAAAGCAGCAAAAAAUGUCAACCCUCGCUCUCUACGUUCCUCGGGCAAUGUGUUGCAUUCAGGGAACCCACGAAGAUGGGUUCCCUGGUGCAGGGAAUCCAUCUUACACAGGCAAGAUGGAUACCAUUCAGGUGCCCUGAAUGGUAAAACAUUAUUAGAUUUUGUAUCAAGGAAAGAACUUUCAAACAUCUUUUACAGUACAAUUGAUUGAUAUCUAAAUUGUACCUUUAUAUAUGUUUAAUAAAGUUCAUCUAUUUCAGAUA